GCGUGAGUGCAGGUCUAGUAUUUAUUAUGUCUAUGAUUGAGAUGCGAUUCCUUUUCGAUCAUUUUUUAUUUGUAAAUCGGAUCGUCAAUGAUAAAUAGCAAAAUACAAUCGAAAAGAAUAAAAAUAAAAUUUAUGAAAAUUGCAUAAAGAAGUUACAAACAAGAGAAAUAAAAUAUGUACGAAUUCAGUGAAGGAAAACAUUUGAGAAUAGGUUAUGGAACGAAAUAACAUAAAGUUGUAACUAGUGUAUACAGUUCACUGCGCCAUUCUGCAGUUUCAUCCUUAUUCAACAAUUUAAACCUUUUAUGCACAGCGAAUAUUGCUAUGUGAAGUUAACCUCUGUUUUAUUCCAAUUACAAAACUCAACUGGAUUUUCAACAAAGACAAAAAGGCACAUUAAAUUUUCGCGAUGAGCGAAGACACGGAUCGAUUGGGCAAAUAUCAGAAACAUUCGCUAAAAACAGUACCGAAAUCGAAUGUGUUAGAAUGUCGUGUUUGCGAAGAGGUUUUUACAGUGGACGGUGUGAAGGUGCCGCGUUUGUUGCACUGUGGACACACAGUAUGUCAGUCGUGUCUGCUACGCUUGAGGACUUGUAUGUCAGAUCAGCAGUUUCUACUGUGUCCCUUUGACCGACAGCCCACUGCUAUCAGCGAAGACAGUGUCUACAGUUUGAAAAAGAAUUUUGCACUUAUUGAGUUAAUCGAACGUCUGGAGCAGUCCAGCAGUCAGAAAACUCUGGUGUUGGAACGUGAGAGACUUCAAUCAAAUCAGUCGUGUGACGAGGAUGAGGCUCACACCGCCGUUCUUUACUGCACCGUUUGUGCAACACAUUUAUGCGAAGCAUGCGACACAGCCACUCACUCAUCCAAGACAUUGGGCAAGCACAGGCGUGUUCCACUGUCGGAGAAGCCACGUGAGAAGCCUCGCUGUCCAAUACACACUGCACACGUAGCCGAGUUUACGUGCACCCAAGAAGGUUGUCACAACUCCUUGAUGUGUUACCUGUGUAAAGAGUAUGGCAAACACAGCACGCACAAGCCAGCAUUGAUGGAGGAAGAAGCCGACAAUAUCAGGAAGACCAUUAUCGCAGCGUUACAAAAGAUGACACAGUUUAUGGAAAGCAUGAGGGAUACUGCGCAUAAAAUAGAAAUAGUAAUUGAAGAAUUGGAAGGCUGGGCAAUCGAAGACGCAAGGAGAAGGGUACGUUAUCAUUUCGAGGAGCUACGCGCUGUUUUGGCUGAACAAGAGAAAACAGCAAUGGCAUACAUCGAGACGGAAACUCGCGGUAGAUUGUGCGCACUUAGACAGCAACAGAAGGAUCUCACAACUACAAGAUCGCAAGUAGCCAGUGUGUGCAUUCAGUGCGAAAGUAUACUCGAUUCCGAAGAUUGGAAGUUACUGAGCAAUUCGGAGAAAGUCAAAGAAGUGCUAGCGACAUUGGAGCAACAGCAACAGCAUUAUGCGCAAUUGGGGCCGGAUUUUCUCAGUCCUGAGUCGUCUAUACCUAUUAUAUUUAGCAGGGAUAACAGAAUACACAUUGGCACGAAAAUUGAUAUGCGUGUAGUGAUCCUAGGACUGGAUGGAGCAGGGAAAACCAGUAUUUUGUCCGCUAUGCGAGGCGUCACAUUAUCGAGUUCGCCGAUUCCUACCAUCGGCUUUAACGUCGAGAGCUUGGAGUACAUGAAUCUCGUAUUUACUCUCUGGGACGUCAGUGGGCAUCAGAAGUUCAGGCCACUAUGGAAGCAUUACUAUCAUAAUACGCAAGCUGUUAUUUUUGUGAUUGAUGCCAGCGAUAGAUCUCGCUUCGAAGAGGCACAGAAUGAAUUAUCAAAGAUACUUUAUGAACGAGAAUUAAAGGAUGCUCUACUUUUAAUCUAUGCUAAUAAACAGGAUGUUCCAGACUGUGCAAGUGUUGAAGAACUGGUCGACAUAUUUGGUUUGCACAAGCUUUGUUGUGCUAGAAUAUGGCACAUUCAGGGCUCGUCAUUGGUUACCAAUGCUAGCGGUACACUGCAGGGUCUUAACUGGCUCUCGACUCAAUGCGUCUGAAGUUUUUCUCACAAAAUUAUUAUGUAUGAAUUCCUAUUUAGGAAUGAUUAAGCAAGUCGAGGAAAACAUUUUUCACGUUAACUAGCAUGACAAGGAUGUAACGGAACAGACUGAAGUUAUAUAGAUAGGUAGAUAAAAAUCAAGAUAAGUACUCUUAUGUAUGGUCGGCGUCAAAAAUGGUUUUAUUUUCUAGUUAUUGCAUGUUCCAAAAAUUAUUAAAGAAGUUUCAACCAUUUUGAUGUCGAUUAUACUCUCGUUAUUUUUUCCUUAUUUAUUAGUCAAAUAAAAACGUACCUUUUUUUUUAUUCGCUCUGUGAGCGCGGACGUAAGUUGAAUGAAUUUAUUACAUCGUCAUAAAUCUACUAUCUCGUUAAUGCACGAGGUGUUUGUUUUAAUAAGUCACGCUACACCAAAAAAGAAAAAAAAUUCUUAAAU